AUUCUUAUAUAAUUCAAUUUCAAUUAAACUAAUUAAAGUUUAUCUGUACAUCUGAAGCAGAUUUGUAAUUUAUUUUAAUUGCAAUCAGAGACAGGAUAUUACAUUGAUUCUAAUACAACUAAGUUCAUAAUUAUCAGAAUUUGCAUAGUGAAUCGUGUUGGUUUUUUGUUGAUCAUCUAAUUUUACAACAAUAUACCACGGCCAACGACGGUUUUAAAAUGAAUAUAUCAAUAGAAAGGAAGAAAAUGGAUUGUCCAGCUUUGCCUAAAGGAUGGCAAAGAGAAGAAGUGUUACGAAAAACAGGUCUUUCUGCGGGAAAAGUUGAUGUUUAUUAUUACAGCCCAACAGGUAAAAAGUUUCGCAGUAAACCCGAGCUAGUUCGUUAUCUCGGUGAUAGUAUGGACCUGUCGUGUUUCGACUUUCAGCAGGGUCAGAUAAACACAAUGCUGCUCUGUAAGGCCAAGAAAGCACGGGCGCAGUUCGAUUACAGGGGUGUUCGUUCAGAUGCAUCUCUAGUGCCACCAAUACGGCAAACUGCAUCCAUUUUCAAGCAACCUGUUACUGUUUACAAGACCCAAGAAAGCAAGGUCAAAACUGAUCUGAAACAUGGUACACAAGAAAAGCCAAAGCAGUUGUUUUGGGAAAAAAGAUUGGAAGGUUUGUCUGCUUGCGAUGCCAAUGGCGUGAUAGGCACUACAUCGCUGCCGAAAUACAUAAAACCACUGGGGCCAUAUACAUCUGAUGCCACCACCAUACAGUCACUAGCUACUGCACUGCACGUCUCAUCACAGCCUAUCACAGGCCAGACAGGCACGAAGCAGGUAAUCCUCGAGAACCCGGGCGUUUUUUUAAACCCUGAGCAGCCGCUCAUCGCGGCCGUCACCAUCACCAAGGACGACGUGCGCCGUCAAGAGGAACGUGUCAAGCGCGCGCGCCUUCGUCUACAGGAGGCGCUAGCGGCCGCUUAGGGGCGCGCGGGCGCCGGGGAGCCCUCGCCGGGGCCCCCCGCCGCCCAGCAAGCGCUCCCCGACUCCACCACCGGCCCCGCCGAGCCCGCCGUAGAGCCCGAGCCCGCGCCCGAGCCCGAGUGCAACGACCUGUCCGCGCUUAACCUCCAACUCGCUUAAGGUUCAGUCAAACCAACGCGAUCAGCCGGCGUGCAGCGAUGGCGAUCAGACUUGAAUACAUUGGUCGCCAUCGCUGCACGCCGGCGCCGAGCCCGAGCCCGAGUGCAACGACCUGUCCGCGCUUAACCUCCAACUCGCUUAGGCGCGGUGUAUUGUGAUCUCCUAUAGUGGACGCGUUUGCCAGAAAAUAGCGCUAAAGUCCGGUCGCCAAGCAGAUAGAAUUUCGUCCAAUGACCCCAAGCUACUCAUCCUUAUCACUCGCACGUAAAAUUAUAUUGCUGUCGCGACUAUGCGACGGGAAGCCGCAGUAAGUGUGCGAGCGCGACAGCAAUAUAAUUACACGCGAGCGAUAAGGAUGGGUAGCUUGGGGUCAUUGGACGAAAUUCUAUCUGCUUGGCGACCGAACUGUCAAAAAAAUUUAUGGGAAAUCUUCACUUUUGAAGUUUAGCAAACGUGUUCUCGUCAAAACAUGUUUCGGCAGUUGCAAUCGCCAUUUUGCUAACAAUUUCUAACAAGCGCUAUUUUCUGCAUAACGCGCCCAAUGUCUCAUCAUGUCCCAAUAAGGUUGAAUUUUGCAGUUCAGCAAAUUGUAGUGUUGGACGUAGGUUAGGCGCGAAAACGUGUGUGGAUGUGCUUAUUGCUCAAACUCUGUGGACUCUUAAAGUAAGAAGAAAUUUCCUCUAGUUGUAGUAUUAAGUUAACACUGGCCGAUCAUUUAAGUCUGCGGGCACGAAACUGGCGACGGCCGAGCGGCG